AUGAACGUCUUGACCGCAUCUGACCUGAACGGUGACAACGCGCCGCUGCUGCGCACUGGCAUCGGCGACGACGAGGAGUUUCUGCUCGCCACCUUCUCCGACAUUGAGAUCUACGCUUCUUCUAGUGACCCGAGCAGCAACAGCGACGACAGAGACGCACAGACGCUACCGCACAACGGCUCAAGUGGCGCCUUAUUCGUGACCACCAGUCGCGUGAUGUGGAUUGGGGCGUCAGUGGAACAGCGCGUGGGGUACGCGUGGGAAAUGGCGUCUGUGACGCUGCACGCCAUCUCAAGAGACCCGGCAGCGUUCCCCAGGCCCUGUUUAUACUGCCAGAUCAGCCAUGAGGACGUGUCGGAAGUGCGCUUCGUGCCCGUGGACGAUCACACGUUGCAAGAGGUGUUCAAUGCUUUGUGCAAGUCAGCCGAGAUGAAUCCCGACGACGAGGAGGAUGGCGAGGACGAUGGGUGGAUCUGUGACGAGGAGGAAGUGGCGGAUGGCGCGAGAGCUGCCCAGUUGGCUGCACGCUUUGACUCGAUGCUGCAAGUGUCGCCUGAACUGGAGCGUUGCGGUACGGAAUUGGGGCAGUUUGACGAUGCUAUUGAGGAGGGUUUAUUGUAA